UUUUGCUUUCCUGGGUUUUCUUAAUUAGAUUCUUUGCCUUCUCUUCGACUCGAGGAUCUUCGGGAAUUUCGUUUACUUUCCAUUGGUACAAGUUCGGAAGGGGUGCGUCUGAACUUCCAGAAAUUACACAAAACCUAACCAGCAUGGCUAAUCGGGAAGAAGAAAAGUAUGAUGAGUUUCUCAAGAAAGUCCGUCGUACUGUGUAUGUAGACGAACUCACUCCUCACGCCCCAAAGUCGGUUUUGGAAUCUGCUUUCAAUCAGUUUGGGACGGUGAAGGAUGUGCGCUUCUUGCCAAACUACUUGGGUCCGAAGGAGCUUCCAAUUGGGGCUCUGGUCGAGAUGGAGACGGAAGAGAAGGCGAAGGCUGUUAUUGAGACUGUUUCACAGUUUCCUUUCAUGGUUGGUGGAAUGCCCAGACCCGUGAGAGCCAAUACUGCUAAGCCUGAGAUGUUCUGCGAUCGACCGAGGAAACCAGGCAGGAGGAUCCAAUGUCGCUGGAUAGACCCGAGUUCUACCGAGUACGAGAAGGCCAAGAAAGCCAAGCGACUUGUUCUGAAACACACUGCUGAAGCUGCCUUUGUUACAAAGAAACAGCUUGAGGAUGCAGAGAAGCUGGCUAAGCAGCAAUCAGAGACGGUGACAACACACCAUGAGAAGAUUGAGAUCAUAGAUAAACUCAUCAACACUGGUGUUGCUCAGAAGCUGGCUAGCCGUUACAACAUGAAGUCUUUGCCUUAUCGCUAGAGAGACACCACCUUUCCUAGGUACGAUAGGAAGCUUGAGGGAGUUUAACUAAGUGCCCGUAAGUGAAAUAGUUUGGGAGAUGCUGAAGAAGAGCAAAGGAGAGAUAUUUUGCUUAGAACUUCUUGAUUCGACUAGUUUGUGCAGUGCCUGUUUUGGUUGACCUGACUUGCUUUUAACUGCUUGUGUUUUUAGCCUUUCUAAAUCCUAAUGAAGAUCGUUCGACAAUGCUCAUUGCUGUGUCUAGUCCUCAUUUUCUACAAAGCUUAUUAGCUGUUUCAAAUUUGGCACGCAAGGAGUGCUUCCACGAGAUUGCGUGCUUCUUUAGUAUUGCAUGGACUUGGGAGACCUGUCUCUGUGAUGGAGAUCAUGAACUGAUUCUAGAGGACAAUGGUGUGUGUUUUAGUUUAA